AGAAUAAUUAAAUUAAAAAUUUCGUAAGUUGUACGUUUCUACUUAUCUUAUGAAUAGCAAUAUUACACUUGUACUUAUCUAUGCGAGGUAAUAUCAAUAAUUGUCGUAGAUGAGAUUGUCUCAAAAUCUAAUUUUAAAAGUUGUACAAGUAGCUGAUUAAAAUUCGGAUUUUUAUCUCGAAUUACCAGCCUAAGGGUGAAGCAUCACUGCAUUCUUUUUAGUUUCAUUUAACACGAUCAUCGUCUAUUAAACCGUAUACCACGCAAGAUAAUUACUUGGCUGGUAAGUGAUAUUAGUAGAAUUAACGGAAUAAUUGCUGAACGUUUCGAUAUCCAUGCUAUUUGCAGACUAAAAAUGGGACAAACACUAUCCGAACCAGUCACAACAAAAGAAUCGAGUUACUGCCAAAACUCUCAGUUCCGGGUCGGCUCAAGCUGUAUGCAGGGAUGGCGAAUACAUAUGGAAGACUCUCACACACACAUUUUAUCAUUACCUGAUGACCCUGAGGCCGCUUUUUUUGCGGUUUAUGAUGGACAUGGCGGCUCUAAUGUGGCUGAAUACGCUGGCAAACAUUUACAUAAACACAUCGUUAAGCAGCCCAGUUACAAAACGAAUAUUGCUGAAGCCUUAAAACAAACCUUCCUCGAUGUCGACGAUGCAAUGCGAGUGGACGAAACGAUGCAAGAACAAAUGGCCGGCUCAACAGCGAUCACCUGUCUAAUCAAAAAUAAUCGAUUGUACUGCGCCAAUGCCGGUGAUUCACGAAUGAUUGCUUGCGUAAAUGGAAAGGUUGACGUGCUGUCCGACGAUCACAAGCCGAAUAACGAAAAGGAACAUAAACGCAUCUGCGAGGCUGGCGGUUUCGUCGAAUGCAAUCGUGUCAACGGGAAUCUGGCACUGUCGAGAGCGUUGGGCGAUUUUAUGUUUAAACGGAAUUUGAAUAAGAUACCAGAGGAGCAAAUCGUGACGGCUUAUCCGGACGUGGCUGAACGGGAAAUAUCUGAGGACUGGGAAUUUGCUGUUUUGGCCUGUGAUGGUAUUUGGGAUGUAUUGCGAAAUGAGACUGUUGCUCAAUUUUGUCGGCAUCGGAUAGCUAACGGUAUGGAUCCGGAACAAAUUUGCGAGGAAUUGAUGGAACGUUGUCUGGCUCCUGAUGGUCAAAUGGGCGGAUUGGGAGGUGACAAUAUGACUGUCGUUCUGGUUUGCUUUUUGCAUGGAAAAUCGUACGCAGACUUAGUAAACAAGUGUGCAUCCGAUAAGGUUUUGGACGUUCCGCCGAUCAAGUUGGAAUCGGAGGAACAGCCUGAUGACGAUUCAACGAGUGAGUGUUCGUCGCCGGAACCAGAUUUAAAGUAGACG